AAAGCAGCGUUACAAGCAGAAAAGCAGCCAGAGACGGGAAAUGGGUAGCUCCGGCGAGGCCAACGCUGUGUACAAGGGCGAAGCUAUGAGUCCGGCGGCUCAGCUGUUUCACGCGCCAACCUUAAACUGUUACGUCAUUGCUUCCAUUGGAAGCAAGACCAGAAUCAACCCUCAUGUCAUUAAAGAAGGUUUGCGCCAUACUUUGCUUAAGCAUCCCCGGUUCACUAGCAAGCUGGUUAAAAAAGGAAGAAGAGCUUGGUGGAUCCCCACAACAGUCGACCUGGAAAAGCACGUUAUAGUUCCUGAAAUAGACCCCGACUUGGACCUGCCUGACCGAUUCAUCGAGGACUAUACUUCCAACCUCACCACAAUCCCGUUGGACUCUAGCAGGCCAUUGUGGGAACUUCACCUCCUCAACCUCAGAACCUCCAAUUCUGAAGGGAUUGGCAUUUUCCGAAUCCACCAUUCCCUUGGAGAUGGCGCCUCCCUCAUCUCGCUUCUUCUCUCCGUCACUCGCAAAGCCUCUGAUCCUCUGUCACUGCCCACUCUUCCCCCCUCCAAGGACAGAGCCCUGUCCGUCCUUCCCCCGUCUCCUUUUCCCCCCUUCUGUUCCUUGUUCCUGGCUAUUUUCUCCGGGCUCGCCUUGAUCUGGAACACCCUCGUGGAUAUGAUUAUGUUCUUUGCCACCAUUUUGUUCCUCAGAGACUCGCAGACUCCUCUCAAAGGCCUGCCCGGGGUCGAGCACACUACCAAGCGUUUCGUGCACCGCAACGUCAGCUUGGAUGAUAUUAAGCUUGUAAAGAGCGCCAUGAAAGUGACCAUCAAUGAUGUUUUACUGGGGAUCACGCAAGCUGCUCUGGCUCGUUACUUGAAUCGGAUACAAGCAGGCGCGAAUCCAAAUGGCGGAGCCGUAAAGCAGCCUCGAGGAGACAGCAAUUUCAAAGACGUGAGGCUUAGGGCGGCCAUUCUUUUUAACGUCAGACCGACUGCAGGAAUCAAGGAAAUGGCAGAUAUGAUGGCUGAGAAAUCAAAGGUGAAAUGGGGUAACUGGAUAGGAUACAUCAUCCUCCCUUUCGCGGUCGUUUUACAAGAUGAUCCCUUGAAAUAUGUUCGUCAAGCCAAGUCCACCAUCGACCGCAAGAAGCAUUCCCUUGAAGCUAUUUGCACUUUUGGCUGUGCAAAAUCCGCACUCAAGCUAUUUGGCAUGAAGGUGGCUGCUGCUAUAACACACAGAGUUCUAUAUAACACAACCCUGACCUUCUCCAACGUUGUUGGUCCCGUGGAAGAGAUUAGCUUCUGUGGUCAUCCCGUGACAUUCCUCGCCCCUAGCGUAUGUGGUCACCCACAUGCACUCACCAUCCAUUUCCUGAGCUACGUGAAUCAGAUGACGAUCUCCAUGGCUGUGGACCCGAGCGUCAUUCCUGAUCCUCACAGGCUUUGUGACGAUUUAGAAGCAUCGCUCAAGCACAUCACCGAUGUUGUCAAGAAAACGCUGCUUCCUGAUAUCGUGUAAAUGUUUUCUGAAAGCGUCUGUUUGUUGCUUCAAGUAAAACAAAUUCCGUCCUUUUAUUUGUAGCUGGUUCGUCUAUGGACAAGCUAUGUUCUUUGUAUUUAUUAUAUUUGGUGCCAUCAAGGAUCCCGAGUGCGGACUCCUUGUAACAGAUUAGCUUUAACACAUGCUCCUGCUCCUAUAUAAUUGUACUUCGUUUAUGUC